CCAACGGUCGUGGCGUGCGUUCGCGUUUAACAUGUGUGGUGCUAGUCAGGAAGCAGUGUCUUGUGUUUGAAUUUUGAAAUUGGAAUUGGAAUGCUCUGUGAUUGUGAGUGCGGGGAAUUUUUAAGUGUUCGGUGUUUGAAUUGCGAAGACACAGCACUUAAUAAUAAUCCAAAAAAAAAAAUAGUGAAAAAUAAAACUCAGAAACAGUGACCACACUAGUGUUAGCCUGGAGGCAAUAAACCAAAGAGUAUAUAUAGUGUAAGAGCCAAGUUGCUUAAAGUGACCCGAGACUCGAACCUGAUGACGCCAUGCAGCGACAACUCAGCAACGUGAGCGUCCACUCGUACCAGGACUACCAGCCGUCCAGACGAUAUGGGCCCCAGUAUGAGCCCGGGGGGUACGCCGCGUCAUUGCAGCAGCGUACCAACAUGACGCAGAGGGAGGACGCCCUCAAAUUCGAGCAGGGGCGCAUCAAGGCGCUCCAGGAGGAACGGCUGCACAUACAGAAGAAGACCUUCACGAAAUGGAUCAACUCCUUCUUGCAGAAGGCCCGAAUGGAAGUGGACGACCUGUUCACCGACCUGGCGGACGGCCGGCGGCUCCUCAAGCUGCUGGAGAUCAUCAGCGGGGAGCGGCUGCCGCGGCCGAACUCCGGGCGAAUGAGGGUGCACAAGAUCGAGAACGUCAACAAAAGUCUGAGCUUUCUUCACACUAAGGUACGUCUGGAGUCCAUUGGUGCUGAAGACAUAGUGGACGGGAACCCUCGCCUGAUCCUCGGCCUGAUAUGGACCAUCAUCCUCCGCUUUCAGAUACAAGAGAUUGAGAUCGAUGUGGACGAAGAGAAUGAAUCGUCUGAGAAGAAAUCGGCCAAGGACGCCCUCCUGCUGUGGUGUCAGAGGAAGACGAGCGGCUACCACGGCGUGAACAUCCACAACUUCACCGACUCGUGGCGCUCGGGGCUCGGGUUCAAUGCCCUCAUACACGCGCACAGGUGACUCUCACUCUCUCCC